UUUCAUUUGACACAUUACAUUCUAAACUAAAGUCAUUUCUUGAACUUCGGACAUCUGAUGGACCUAGGCAUGAUACUUAUAUAUUAUACUACAGUGGUCAUUCUCACAGCUCUGGGGAGUGGGCACUAGCAGGGUUCCACAAAUUGUUUUGAAAGUUACCCCUACCACUCUCUGCAGGUAUGUGCAUGACAUUCACUUGGGAACUUAAAAGCUACUUAUAAAGUAGGUGUGUGUUCACAUAUAUUUUGAAACUACUGGGAACAGUUUUAAAAACAGCCAUGUGAAAUAUGGCAAAAGAUGCAGUGGUUUUAAUUAUUCAAAGGGUGGUGCUUCAUUUGUACUUUCAUGCCCCUAUUCUUGGCAAAAUAUUUUGGAAGUGGUUUGCCAUUGUCUUCUUAGAACAGAGAGUCACCCAGCUGGUUUCAUGCCUAAGACAGGACCAGAACUCAUUGUCACCUGGUUAUUAGCCUGAUGCCUUAACCAUUACACCAAACUGGUUUUUACCUAUAUAAAACUCAUUGAAGCAGAUUUAUUUUUUUCUCAGGAUCAUGUGGUUGCUCUCCAUUGUUAUUGCACAAUCUUUGAAAAAUGUAAAUAUUUUCCUCAAACAUCACAAUAUUUUUAUUAUUUAUUUAUUCUUUAAUACGUAAAACACAAAGAAAAGUAAAAAUAAGAAAUUAGGGGAAGGAAAAAGAGAGGGGAAAAAGAAAGUGUGAGGUACAAGGGGAAAAAAAGAAAAAAAGGCACAGUACAAGAUAAAAACACUCUAGCCUCAACUUUUUGCUUUAACACAUUAGUAUAUAAUUAUUCAUUUCUAUAAUGACAAAUCUAAUGGACAAAACCAAAGUCAAAAUUUCAUUUUUUUUUCAUCACAAGCACAAAGUCCAGAACUGAUAUACAAAUGAAAAACAUACUUAAAUAUAUUCUCCUCUUUGAAUAAAAUGAUAAAUUCCUGCUUUAUCUUCCUUGCUAUGGAAAUAGUAUAUAUUUCUAUUUGCACCUAAUAAUCUUCGUGAACUAUCACAAUUUUUAUUAACAAGGUUCACUGUAUCAUAUUUCCCCGAAAAUAGGACAUGUCCUGAAAAUAAGGCCAAGCCUGAUUUUUGGGGUGGGCAUAAAUAUACGCCUUUCCCCGAAAAUAAGCCCUAGUUAAGGGGUGGGCAUGGGGAGCACAGGAGGCAGCCCUUCCCUUUCCUGGUCACUUUAUGGAAGCUCCGCACCUUAAUUGCACACCACGGAUCAGCUGAGCCAGCAUGGGCUAGGAGCUGCCUCUCAUUCUGCCCAUAUUGCUGCUGGCCUCUUCCCCUCCUGGCAGCACUGCACUCGGCAGGCAGCACUACGGGACUGCUCCUGCCUGGCCGGCUUGAAUCAUCCCAGAUUGAAAACCUCUGAAAAUGUUCCAAGCACCACCAGCCUGCCAGGGCCCCUUUGGAAGCGGCUGCCUGUGCUGCUUCACCCGCCACAGCCUUUGGGCUGCUGCCUGCAUGCCUAUUCCCCCACCCCAUCUCUUUCCUUUCCAUUGGUGCUUCUGGGAUCGCUUCUUUCCCUUCUUCCCCCUCAGUCUCUUUCCAUUGGUGCUUCUGGGGAGCAGACAGCAUGACGGAGACAGCAGGGCCAUUAUUUUGAAGCACGGGAAACAGGGUAUUCUUUCAGGUUCUUUGACCUUACAGGAAAAAUAUUCAUUUUCUUCAUCCUUUUUAAAAUGCUAAACUUUUCUUUAAACAUAUUUCUAAAACCAAAACUUUCUAAUACAUCUUUUUCUUUAACUUCUUAAUAUACAGGUUUUGAACUUUAGUAUUAAAUUUAGAUCCCUCUCUCCAAACUACCCCUAUCAAAUAUUUUUUUUCUUUUAUAGACAUCCUUUUUAAAACUCAGUUUUUGUUUUUAAAUUAUUACAUUUUCUUUUUUGGGUUAAGACUUUUUUUCACUUACAAAUAUCAAACAAAUAAAAAUACAUCCUAGAUCCAGUUAACUCAUUAAGUUUAAGUCACUCCUCCAGCUUGUCUUCAUGGAGUAAAAUCUUCUUCUCUGGAAAGUUUAUCCAGUAGUUAUAAGCCUCCCUUUUUAUCAAGGAUUUCUUGACUUUGUUAAUGUCUCUAAAGAAAAAGUCCCAAACUUGUCUUUUUAAAAGUUGCUGAUUUUCUUAAAGCUCUUCUUUCGGUUUUGUGGAGAGAUUUAUAUUUAAACCAUCAUAAUAGUCAGGUGUCAGGUUUAUAUUCCAAAAUUACAGUUAACUCCUUUGUAUUUUCAGUUACCUGUAAAGUUGCCUCAGUAGUUUGGUAACUUUCUACAGGUUUGCAUCUCUAAGUAGUUUGAGAGGUUUUAUCAUCACCCUUGGAGCACAGUUGAUCAACAUACUGAUGAAUUUUAUUUAGAGAAAUUUCAAAUAUAUCUCUAAUAAUUUGGUCCUCCCAUUUUGACUCCCUCUUUGGUCAAAGAAUAGCUUUUCUGUAACUCACUUAGGCAUUGCUAGUGAUCAUAAAAUCAUAAAAAUCAGAAAGUUUUAGCCACCCACAGCAAAGCAGACCAAUACACAAGUUACUACAAUAAUAAACUAAAACCACAGCUUUCAGUCUUUAUGUUUCUCCAUCAGCUUUUUUUCCUCCAUACUUCUUUAUUUUGGCUUGGCUUAGCAGCCUUCUUUCUUGUUGUUUAACACUAAAGAAAUCCGCAAAAUGGCACAGGUCCUCAAAAAGGCAUAGCAGGCUGUGACUAAAGAGAGUCUCUUUUAACAAUUAGAUUAAUAGUCCUUAAUAGAUUAAUAAUCCUUAAAGGUGAUUAAGAAAUGAAAGGCACAACUUACUGUCCAUUUGAAAGGUAAAUUUCAAAACGGUGGCUUCUUAAACACAAACAUACUGCAGCCCCUCCCCCUAGCUUUGCCACUCAGCUCCUGAAGUUGUUUACAGAUCUCAGCUCUGAGGGGCCUGAGAUUAUGUAGCAUAGAAUCUGAAGAAUACAGCCACAAUCCCUCUGGUAGAUGAUUGCCAGCCCUGCUCAAUAUUUGCCUAACUUCCCUUUAAUCCAUCAUUGCCUAACUUCCCUUUAAUAUUGAUAUGAAAACCUUUUAUUUUGAGCCAUAGAAAGGAGUCCUCUGUUUUAUAAUAGUUUAUAAUCCUUUUUUUCUAGGCUAAACAUAAACCUAUAUUUGUCAUAGGUUUUUGGUUUCUAGUUGUCUUAUUUCAUCCUAAUCUCUAUUCCUUUGGAUGUUCAGAUAGUCAAUAUCUUUUGAGCCUGAAUAUAGUUUCCAAAUGGAGCUUUGCAUAUAAUACAGUAGAUUGCUUCAUUUGACAUUAUAUCUUUUGAUUUAUUAGUAAUAAUGCUUAAACUAUGUCAUUGCUAUCUUAUAUUUAGCUUGUAAUGCGUUACAGUUCCUAUUUUUUUCACAUGUUCUCAGUGGUAGGAUUCAAAUUUUUCCACUAUCGGUUCUGUGGGCAUGGCUUGGGGGCUCAUGUGACUAAGUGGGUGCGGCCAACUUGAUAUCACUUGUGGCCAUGGCCACUCAGUCACAUGACACCCCCACCACCACCAGGCCAUGCCCAUAGAACCUGAUAAGAAAAAAAAAAUUCAGGCUGCCGAAAACUACCAGAGGUCUCGAAUGUGCCAAAAAAAGCCACUGCAGUGCCGUCGCCAUCCUGUCGAAGAACAAGGCUGCGACGGCAGCGGCUUUUUCAGUGGGUUUGAGACCUCCGGUAGUUUUUGAUGCAAGAAGCCUCCAGCCAGCCGCCACAGCCAGCUUGGUUCCGGAUGGCAAAGAGGCAGCGGCUGGGAGGAGAAGACCGAAAAAAAGAUGCAGUGGCUGCAGGCAUCUCGUGACAAGGGGGGUGAGAUGUGGGCUGGCAGGGGAGCCCAGCGAUGAUGACAGCCCAGCCCUGGCUUGCCUUCCCUGGCAGCCAGCUGCGGGAGGAAGGUAAGGUCAUGGCCACUGGACGACAAAAGAGGUGGUCAUGGGAGUGGAACUGGGGAGAUUAAGGGCCAGGGCCUCUGAAGGAGGGGAAACAGAGUGACAUGACACGCUUAAGGGAGAGCGGGUGGCGAGUAUGCGGUGACUCUGGGGCAAGGCCAGAGCCAGGGAAUCAUACCUUACCCAGCUGAGGCAGAUGGUGGCUCCAGGGCCUUGGGAAAUGGCGCAUCCCUGCGCCCCCGGUCCCCGACACAAGGCAAAGGGUGAGCAGGUGGCAUGCAUUGCUUCCCUUUGGUGAGCUGAGCUGAGUGGACGUCAGCAAGGCGACUGACGAGGCGACUAGCUGGGCCAGGUGGCAAAGGCAACAUAUAUAUGGUGGGGGUGGGAGGGGCAAGCGUCAAGUGGCUGGAAGGGGCAAGCGAGCAGCAGGCAGGCAGGCAGGGCAAGCGAGCAGUGACUGGGUGUGUGGCCAGCGAGAAGUUGCUACCAGUUCGGCGACCCAGGCCAAAUUGCUGCUACUGGUUCACCUGAACCGGUGCGAACCAGCUGAUGUUGUGACCCAGGUUCCUGGACCUGGACUCCUGGACUCGGAUGAUUCAGAAAGUGAGGGAGAAGACCUGGCAAGCCCUGCUUCUCUUGAGCCCUUUCCCUCCCUGGCACCCACUCAAAGGGAGGAGGAGGGGCCGGCAAAGCCUGAUUCCCUGGAGCCUUCUUCUGAUUUGGCAACGCCCCAAGAACAGUUUUGGAGUGAUGCAAGACUGCGCAGGCAUGACUGGCGCGCGCAGCAGAGGAAGCGUUGGGACAAAGCCAAGUCAUAAUUGUCAUGCAGUGACAUCUGCAGAGACUAUAAAUAGGAGGCGGGACUUCUUGGUUUUUUGUCUUGGACAAAGUAAUGAAUUUGCGCGGACAAACUGUAUCAAUGGAGGGAAGAAUAUAUUCGUGAGUAAUUCUGGCCUUAUCUGUAAUUUUCUUGUUAUCUCCAGAAACUUGGCAGGCCCGUGGGUAGACGUGGCCAGGACAUUUAUAUAUAUGUAAAUAAAUCAGAAAAGGAGGCCUCUGACUGACUCUUUGCUGGGAGUAUUGGGGGAAGGGAAACAGAACAUUUUGUCCAAGACCUCGACUAAAACAUCUUCCACCAAAGAUGGACCAGCAGCAGGUACAACAGCAGUUACAGCAGCUACAAGCGACUAAUCAACAGCUCCAGCAGCAAGUGGCUCACUUGGCAGGCCAACUUGCUGCCGGGAAUGUGCCUGCAGCCCCGCCCCCCCCGUCCUCCCACUCCUCCUCCUCGUCGCAAGUGCCCGAUAACCAUGCCGGAUAAGUUUUCUGGGCAGCCUGAGAUGUUCCCGACCUUGGGACAGUGCCAGCUCUACAUGGCUAUGCGGCCAGAGGAUUUCCCAGACGACCGGGCUAAGGUGGCCUUCGUGAUUAACCUUCUUUCCGGCUCGGCUGCUCAAUGGGCCACGCCCCUCUUGCUCCAGGACAGCCCCCUGCUGGCAGACCAACAGCGUUUUUGGCAGCACCUGCGCACCAUGUACGAGGACCCCGUUCGAAUGCUGACGGCAACCAGGCGCCUUAAGGAACUCUGUCAAGGGAAACGCCCCCUGCAGGAGUACAUCGCCGAAUUUCAUCUUUUGUGCCAGGACUCUGACUGGAAUGAUGCAGCGCUGGUGGACGCGUUCCAGGAGGGACUCUCAGAGGAAUUGCAAGAUGAGCUGGCCCGGGUGGAGGCGCCGCGGACCCUCGACAACUUGGUGCCCCUUUGUCUCCGACUCGAUGCCCGUCUGCAACGGCGACCGUCCCGUCGCACCCCCCGGGACCCGCCGUCGACAUCUGCACCCCCACUUCCUGCACCACCAGCACCCCGGGUCGCCCCACGUUUUGUAACCGCUGCGGAAGAGCCCAUGGAGUUGGGAGCGGUCAGACCUCGCCUGACAGCCCAGGAGCGGAUCCGGAGGCGCCAAGUGGGAUUGUGCCUGUACUGUGGAGAGCCCGGCCACUUCGCCGCUUCUUGCCCCAGAAAGCGAAGUGGGGCACGCACGCCGGUCCCCGAAUCACAGCGUGACCUAUCGGGAAACGGAACAGGCCCGACCUCGGGGAAACCCUAGGUCGGGCACAUACUAAGCCCCCACUGGACGUUGCGGAAGUAGACUCUGGGCCCCCUCGGCAUCUGAUUCUGGACACACGGAUAUGGUUGGGGAACCAGUCGGACGGGCUCCAGGCGCAUGCGCUGGUGGACUCAGGGGCCACA